AUGCUCAUGAUCCCAUCCCUCGCUGCUACUCGCCUGUUGACAGCCGGAAGUAAGUGCCUUGAUGGCUUCACACCCUUAACCCAUGCUCAGGAUCCCCAUUCCUCGCCUGUUGACAGAUGGAGGCAAGCCAUAAUCAAGCGAGAGGACAUUAUCCGCCUUCUUCGACCUUUGGUAGGUCGGUUUUCCACAUUGAUUCUCAGCGCUGUAAGAGUGCAACAGGCUGCAAAAGGUUCAUCAGUCGCGAAUCAAAUAAUUCAGACUGGCAUUGCUACUAUUAUCGUCCUCGAGUACUCCGCCUUUCUCCCGAACCACUUGGGGGACUUGGAGCGCGUCGUCGAGUCUGCCGUGGACUACUACCUGAAAUCUCCCACGGCUGUCGCAGUGGAGAAAGGAGCGAAAGAGAUUUCUCGUCAAGGCUACGACAGAGAGGAACUGGGGAAGAAGAUUCUUGAGUUCAUUCUUGAAAAUCGCUUGUCAAAGGACUUGACUGAAAAGAAGUAG